GGGGCAAUCAAUUAUAUUGCAAAUUGUUUUUCAGAGAAUGAUAGUAGUAUUUGCAAAAUUGUAAAAAAAGAAUUAAAACAAAAAUUACUGUACUCAACCCUAAAACCCUCGACCUCUUCUUCUCUUCUCCGCCAAAACCAUUUCAACAGCCAAACCCAAACACACAGCAACCGAAUUUCUUCUACUCUCUCUCUGUACACUGCUAAUCUUACACAUUUAACAACAGAUAUACUUACAAACUUCGUAUUCAUAGUUUGGAUUCGGUGUGAGAUGCACCAGAGUGAUGCAGAAGCUUUUGCGCAGGACGCCCGCUGCCGCUCCAAUUUCAUUCGGUAACAACAGCACUCCUUUCUCUCUACCCGUCUCCGGUUCCAGCUUUCUCUCUCUAGGUCUCUGCAGCGCCCCCCCGGUGAUUGCCAAUAAAAUGUCGUGUCUCCGCCAACCCAACCCCCUGCACCAUACCAGAAACCCUUUUUCAUCCGCCGCGGUGCGUGGCCUCAAAUUAAGGAAAUUGCCCCCAACCGGAUGCCACCCCUGCAGCUGCGCCGUCGAUAACAGCAGCAGCAGAAACACGGCGCCGCUGAGGGCGUGGGUGGUUUUGAAGGAGAACAAUAAGUAUAGUGGGUUGGGCAGGGCGGCGUGGUUCGCAACCCUUGCCGGGAAUUCGAAUAAGGGCGGCGAAUUCACGGUUGCGGAGGCGGGAAAUGAAAAAGCGGCGGAGGAGAAGCGCUUGCAGAGGAGGAGGAGUGGGGGCGGGGGUAGUGGCGGUGGUGCAGUGGUGGUGGGGAGCCCCGAUUUGCUGACGAUUCCAGGAGUGGGGCCGAGGAAUUUGAGGAAGCUGGUGGAGAAAGGAUUUGAGGGAGUGGCUCAGCUCAAACAGCUCUAUAAAGAUAAGUUUUUCGGUAAAUCUAGUGCGAAAAUGGUGGAGUUCUUACAGAGCUCGGUGGGGAUCAUACACAAGAACCAUGCUGAGAGCAUAACUAUCUUUAUCAAGGAGAGCGUGGAUGAAGAGCUGAAGGAAAGCAUUAAGCCUAGUCAAAAGAAUCGGAUCACUUUAUGUGUUGAAGGAAAUAUCAGUGUGGGAAAGACUACAUUCUUGCAGAGAAUAGCUAAUGAAACCCUUGAGCUUAGAGAUCUUGUGGAGAUUGUUCCUGAACCAGUUGACAAGUGGCAGAAUGUUGGUCCUGACCACUUCAACAUACUAGAUGCAUUUUAUGCUGAACCGAAGAGAUACGCCUAUACCUUCCAGAACUAUGUGUUUGUAACAAGAGUUAUGCAGGAGAGAGAAUCAUGUGGCGGUAUGAAGCCCCUGAGACUUAUGGAGCGGAGUGUCUUCAGUGAUAGGAUGGUCUUUGUAAGAGCUGUUCAUGAGGCGAAGUGGAUGAAUGAGAUGGAAAUUAGCAUUUAUGAUUCAUGGUUUGAUCCUGUCGUUUCAAGUUUGCCUGGACUUAUUCCUGAUGGAUUCAUCUACCUGAGAGCAAGCCCCGACACUUGCCACAAGCGCAUGAUGUUGCGUAAGAGAGCAGAGGAAGGCGGAGUCUCUCUGGACUACCUGAGGGACUUGCAUGAGAAGCACGAAAGCUGGCUUUUUCCAUUUGAGAGUGGGAAUCACGGAGUUCUAUCAGUGAGUCAGCUUCCCAAGGACGAUGAUUGGUCUUUACAUCCCCACAUUAAAGAUCGCGUCUUUUAUUUGAAUGGUGAUCAUAUGCACUCAAGCAUCCAAAAGGUUCCUGCUUUGGUUCUUGACUGUGAACCAGACAUCGAUUUCAGCAGAGACAUAGAUGCUAAGCAAGAAUAUGCUCGCCAAGUUGCUGAGUUCUUCGAGUUUGUGAAGAAAAAGAAAGAAGUUUCUGAUACUGUUGUAGGAGAAGACACAGGAACGAGCAACCAACCUUCAAUGCUGUUGCCCCAUAAUGGAAAUCUGUGGAUGCCGGGACAGCAACCUUUCCCAGGCUCAGCAGUUGAUUUUAGAAAAGCUAUGUCGUUUAUGCCUCAAUAGGUAGGUGGAAAACGCUCUCCUCCGUCGUCUGACAGUUUUUCCAACGACCUGCAUAGAAAGUUAUGGCGUUUUAGUUUUAUCCUCAUGUAAAAAGAAUAGAUGUCUAGUAAAUCUGUUAGCUAUAACAGCUCUCAAGAGACACCGAGAGUUGUGAUUUUGUGGAUUGUAGGUUGCUUUCUUUCUUGGAAGCUUGGCUUUUGGAGUUUGAGAAGAAUGUUGUCUCUCUAUCCUUUGUUUCCACUUCCUUUUUUUUGGGCGGGGGGGUUUCUUGGUUAAAUUUCAGGGUUGUAGGAGAUGUGAGGUCUCCGUUGUUCAGUAAAGUGGUACUUUUCGUUAUAGAAGUUGUACUUUGAUUUUUGAAAGUAUUAGUACUAUACUAAAAUGUGUUAUCAUGUUUCA